CAGAGUGAGUGAGAGCAGGCAGCAAGAGCACUCCUUCGUGUCGCUGGGCUCCUCAGGGUGGGUGAGACACUCAGAGCUGCUGCUGCUCCAGCUGCACUGUGACCUGUCCCUGUUCCUCUUCCCCUUCGACAAGCAGACCUGCAACAUUACCCUCGGCUCCUACCUGCACACAGUACAGGACGUGCUGUUGGAGGAGGACAGGGCUAUGCCCUACAGUAGCCGUGACUUCACUCUGCACGGGGAGUGGAAGCUGCUGUCAGUCAGAACGAGAGCAUUCACAGAGCCCCAGGGAGAGCAGCACUUCUCCCGCAUCACCUACCAGGUGGAGAUGGCUCGUUACUCUCUGUACUAUGUGGUGAACCUGAUGGUUCCCAGCGCCCUGGUGCUUCUCAUUGACCUGGCAGGCUUUGCCAUCCCCGUGGAGAGCUCGGAGCGAAUCCCCUUCAAGGUCACCCUGCUCUUCGGCUACAUCGUCUUCCUCAUGCUGCUCUCAGACCUCCUGCCCCCUUUCAGGGACUACACGCCUGUGAUGGGGCUGUACCUGGUGGUGUGCCUGGUGUUCCUGUGCCUCAGUAUGGGCGAGUCGGUGCUGCUCCUGGCCUUGGCUCGGCCGGACGCGCUGCAGCAGUCGUCUCUGAUCCAGCGCCUGGAGUCCCUCCUCUGCCAAGACGUCCCGCAGAGCGCUGUGCUGCGUCAGAGGGCCCGCAGGAGGAGCGCCAUGGAAGGUCUCCAGCGCUCGUACGGGCUGGGUCGGCGGGCGGAGGCGCUGCAGGGGUGCAGCUGUGUUCUCCACGCGCUGGCGGGCGAGCUGGAGGAGGUGAGCGAGGAGCUACGCUCUCUGACCCAGAGACACGAGCAGCGCAGUGACUCACUCCGCCUGAUGGAGGCGCUGGACCGCUGCUGUCUCCGCAUCUACGCCUCCCUGCUCCUCACCUUUCUGCUCUCACUCAUACUGCUGUGGGCUCUGUACAGGUGA